GUGCCCGCAUGAAGCGAAACGAGCAGGACUGCAAGAGGUGCGGGCAUGCCUUCGAAUGACCCCUCGACCCCCCCUUCCUGGCCUGCAGAGGACAAGAAGAGACCAUUGGCCAGGCCAGGUCCAACAUGGGGGGGGCACGUGGGGCAGCCUGAGAAGAUGGAAAGGCCCCCCCGUCAUGGCGCCCCCAAGCCCAGCUGCCCAGGGAGUGAAGGAGAAAAGGACUCUGGAUUUUCAGACAGGAGCUCGGAGUGCCUGAGUGCCCUUGAGCAGACGGACACCGGGGACCCGGGCAGCCCCCGCUUGCCUCCGGGGCCGGACAAGUGGCAGGAAGCCAAGGGGGGUCUCACGCCUCUCUAUUUCAUCCAGAAUGUGAUCCUCGAGCAGACCCUGGGAGUGUCCCCCACGGCCCCCUUCCUGGCCUGGAGCAACCAGCGCCCCCUGGAGAGUGCCUACAGCUCUGCAGCCCACCUCCUCCUCUUCCAGGAGCCCACAGCCUCUCUGAAGCCCAUGGUCCCCAGCCAGAAGCCCUCUGCCAAGGAGAUCCGCUUCCCCACUCUUGGCGCUUACCCCAGAAUUGCUCCUCACCCGGGCCGGCAGCCCGAGGAAGCACCCAGCCCAGCGGCAGAGCCCAUCAGGCACAAGCAGCUCUACGUGGGGGAGGCCUGGGCACCUCCAGAAGCCCCCACUGGAAAGGACAGCUCGGUCGAGAAGUCGCCCGAAGGGUUGCCCACCAGCCUACAGACGGCUGCCCUUGUGUGCCCACAGGCCCCCGCUCGCCCCCCCUUGCCCCGCGCUGGGCGCAGGGCGGCUGUCAAAGGCGCCAGGAGACCGGGGGAGCACAGCCUGGUGAGACAGCGCCGCCUGCACAACACGGUGGAGAUCCUGCGCAGGUCGGGGCUGCUGGGCAUCACGCUCCGGACAAAGGAGCUGCUCCGGCAGAACAGCAGGGUCCAGCGGGAGCUGGCCCAGCUGCGGGAAGAGGCCCAGCUGCUGUGCCAGGCCGUCCGGAACAGCGACUGGCAGGUGUGGGCUCGCCUCCAGGGCACCACCGGCCACUCGGCAGCCCCCUGCCUGCCCAGUAAGGGGGCCGGCAUUGAGACCCACUUGGGGCAGCAGCAGAAUUUAGCCCCUCAGCCCCCAGGCCUGGACACCCCUUUGCCCAUGGCUCUGCCUUAGCUGCCCCCCGGGCUCACAUCGGGCCCUGGGCAAAGGCCAGCGUCUCUCUCGCCAAAGGAACUCCCAGCCGGGCCUUGCCCUGCCAUCCGUCCUUGGUCUCAGGGCGGGCUGGCUUCUCCGGAGCCC